AUGACGAGGGAGACCUUCGAGAAGGUCAUGGCGGCGCUGCCGGAACAGCGCGCCGGGGCCGAGCGCAGCAUCCUGCAGGAGAUGGCCGGGAAGGCGGUGGAGCGGCUGGGCUUCUCCCGCGGCAGCGUCGGCAUCCUGCGCUUCUCGUCCCUCUUCCGGGCCGUGUCGGACGAGUUCGCCACGCUGGUCAGCCAGAAGCUCGAGGAGCGCAUCUACCAGCCCGGGGAGCUCAUCACGGAGGAGGGCGCGGCGGGAAGCAGCAUGUACCUCCUGCUGGCGGGGGACGUGGAGGUCGAGGCGGGCGGCGGGCCGCCAGCCGCCUGCGGCGGCCGCCAGGCCUUCGGGGAGGCCGUGCUGCUCAGGGUCGCGGGCGCCUACAGCACGACGCUGCGCGCACGCAGCAGCUGCCUCGUGCAGGCCCUCUCCCGCAGGAGCCUGGACGAGGUGCUGGCCAGCUUCCCCGAGGAGCGGGGGCUCUUCGACGGCCUGCGCGUCGAGGGCGGCGGGGGUGGCCUGGAGUGCAGCCUGUCGCGCAGCCCCUCGUUCUCGGGCACGGCCCCCGAGUUCGUGGCCCUCCUCUGCCGGCACUCCGAGGACGUCUUCUACGCCCCCGGGGAGGAGAUCGUCACGCGGGGCGACGCCUGCGCCCUCGGGCGGAGCUCCAUCUUCCUGCUCGUGUCGGGGCAGGCCGUCGUCGAGGGCCUCCACUCGCAGUGCCUCGGGAGCCUCGGCCCCGGGCACAUCUUCGGGGAGGCCGGCGCCCUCGGCUUCGCGCCGAGCCGCAGCGCGACGGUCCGCGCCGGGCGGGGCGGCCUCACGCACUGCGCCAUGCUGCAGGGCCCGGCCAUCGAGGAGGCCACCAGGCGCUUCCCGGAGACCCACGGGCUGUUCCGGGCCCUGUUCGAGGAGCGGGAGGAGGCCAACGCGUGCAUCGAGGGGCGCAGGGAGGACUGGGUGCACGCGGUGGUCGUGCCCGCCCUGCGCCGCAGCCGCCUCUUCGCGGGACUGCCGGCGGAGCUGGUGCGGCGGGUGUCGCUGCCGCUGUCCGAGGUGCGGUACGGGGCCGGCGAGUACAUUGCGGCGGGCGAGGAGCUGGACCGCAUGUUCUUCCUCCUGCACGGCCGCGCGGAGGCGCGGAGGAGAAGAGGAGGCAGAGUGCUCUGCGGCCUCUCCGACGGCGCCGUGCUCGGGGAGGCGGCGGCCCUGGGCCUGCUGCCCGUGAGCACCGCCGCCGUGCGCGCGGCGAGCGAGUGCCGGGCGCUCGUGGUGCCCGCGGGCGGCGUGCGGGCGGUGGCCGCCUCGGCCCAGGGCGCCGCGCCGCUGCGGCAGGCGCUGCAGCUGCUGCGGCAGGAGCGCCUGCGGCAGGCCGAGAGCGGGCUGCCCCUCUGCGCGCUGGGGCUGGGCUUCGCGGCGCAGGACUUCUGCGCGCGGGUCGUGAACCUGCAGGCGGAGUGCGUGGAGCUGCACGCGGACGCCUGCUGGCACCCGCGGCCCGACUCCGACCCCUGCGGGCCGCACUUCGGUGUCCUGGUGGGGGGCCGCGGCGCCCUCGUGCUCGGCCUCGAGGAGCGGCCCGUGAUGGCGCUCGCACCUGGCAGCCUGCUCCCCGAGGGGCUCUACGCCAAGUACGGCGCGCACGUGCGGGCGCAGGCCGCCGGCCAGGUGUACAGGGUGCGGCUGGUGGACUUCAUGCUGGCGCUCGGCUCGGCCCCCUCCUCGUUCAAGAGCUUCGUCCUGUUCGAGGCGCUCUGGAAGGAGGCCCGCGAGCGCGCGUGCGCGCGCCUGAAGUGCGCCUGCGGCGCCCGUGGGGCGCUGAGCUGCACCGUCAGCGACGCCGGCAUCCGGCCUCGGAGCUCGUGGUCGCUGUCUCGCGGCCCAGGCCCUGCGGAGGCCGAAGGACUGCUGGAGCCCAUGCGUCGUGACGCGUCGUUCUUCGCAGCGGGAGGAGCGGUGCGCCCCGCGGAGGAGCCGCGGCCCGACCUCGGCGGGGCCUGCGCCCGGCUGCGCCGGGUGCGCUCGCUGCCGGGGCCCGCGGCCUGCGCCAGGCUGGCCGAGGCGUGAGGGCGCGAGGCCUUUUGCGCUCUCUCUCUCUCUCUUAUCAUGUUUCUCUCUAUGUCUUUCUCUUCCCCCCGUCUCUUUCUCGGAGGUUGAUGGCUUGGCUCAUCGCAGCGACUACCAUCGCGAUGGGCUCCAGAGGCUCAAAAGCGAUGUCUCCCCAAAGAAGUUGUGUACAGCCUGGGAGCCGCGCGGGCGCGACCAUGAUGGCGAACUUGAGCCAUAACCUUUUUCAGUAGCUAUUUUUCGGCCUACGAGCCAAACCCUUCCAAUGUGUCGCCCGUAGACGCGCACUGCCCUCGCCCAGUGCACGCGGCCGCGGGCGGCAGCUGGCAGCCGCAGCGGGCCUCUCUGACCACCUCGCCCGCUGCGCAUGCCCGCUGUUCUGCGUCGUCCUGGUUCCGCCGCCUGCCACUGCUCCUCGCCAUC